AUGUACAAAAAACCCUCUUUACUUAAUUUAACUCCAAUUUCUAUUCUUAAAACCAAAAAUUAAGCAAAGAAUCAGUCAUUUUGUCCUUCUACUUUUUUAAAUGAAAUUGAUAGUUUUCCACAAUAAUCUUAUGGAGAUUUCAAUAACACGAAGGUAUUUGAACCAUAAAUACCACUUGAACUUGUUGUUCCCAAAACAGUACGAAGACGACAUGCUAUUGGAGAUUAAAUAUUUCCCUAAUAAUCAGAUUAGGUUUUACCAAAUUUGCCAAGUCUCUCCAAAAAUACAAGCAUGUGUAAGUCGAGUUUGGAAGACUUAUUUUUAAUUUAAGAAGCUUAAACUUAACGAUAAUCUACCGAGCUUGCGCUGAUUAACCGCAAAAUAAAGUCAAUCCUGAAUAGUAAUAAGAGAUAGGUUACUUUUUAACCUUCUCAUGUUAUUAUUGAUAAAUAUGAUAAUUCAUAGAUUGUUUAAGAUUUACCCACAAUUGGAAAGUAUAUUCCAAAAAGGAGAAUACAUAUUAAACAUAUUACGACUGAAAUUUGA